AUGCCUCGUCCAACCAACAAUGACAAUGAUCCCAAUAUCAGGAUAACACAGCCACCAAAGACAAAAGUCAAUAGACGGCUACAAAUAGCAUUGGUGUUAGUGGGAAUCAUAUGCGCUGCACUGGUUGCUACUGUUGUAUGGUUACUUGUGCAUACCCAAAAGGAAAAAACUACCAAUCACUGCAUAAGCAACCCUUGCAAAAAUGGUGCCAAGUGUGAGAACUCGGUGGCCUCGUUCCGAUGUUCUUGUUCUUCCGGUUACCAAGGGACAUGGUGUGGCAACGAAAUCAGUGAAUGUUCCAGCCAUCUUUGUCAGAAUGGUGGGACGUGUGUUGACAUGGUGAAUUCUUAUCAAUGUUUGUGUUCUGCCGGGUACUACGGGACAAACUGCCAAGUUAGAGACCAAUGUCACAACCAGCCCUGCCAAAAUGGCGCCACGUGUAGAAGUCAAACAUUUACGUAUUCUUGCAGCUGCCUUUCUAGGUAUACCGGCAGGAAUUGUGAAUCAGAUUUGCUGUACCGUUCCCUGUAUCGUCUUUUUGGAACAAUUGCCAAUGGAAAGUACAGUGGUAUAGUUGAAGUGUACCAUAAUGGAAGAUGGGGAACAGUUUGCGAUGACAGCUGGGAUAAUAAUGAUGCUAAAGUUUUCUGCAGGUCCUUACGUCUUCCCUAUUCCAACGCAAUUGGCAAACCGAGUGCGUAUUUUGGACAAGGUAAUGGAACUAUUUGGUUGGACGAUGUCCACUGCACAGGAUCAGAAUCCAACAUUGCAUCAUGUUCUCACAACGGUUGGGGGAAUCAUAAUUGCAGGCACAGUGAAGAUGCUGGUGUUAUUUGCUAUUGUAUCAUGGCAAGUACCACCCGUCUUAAUAAAAACACAGCGUAUGAAAAUGCAACAUACAGGCCAGGCACGACAUCACAGGUGGAACUUACUCCAGCGGAGACACCAAAUGAUUACCAGAGCUUAAUAAUUCAUCAUCCCAUCGAAAAUGCCGUUGAUCAAAAUGAAAGGAUUACACAGCCACCAAAGACUAAAGUUAAUAAGGGCUUACUCACAGCGUUGGUCUUGGUAGGGUUACUGUGUGUUGCACUGGUAAUUGUUGUUCUGUCGCUCGUGUUUGCACGUGUGGGGUAUAGUGACCAACUUACUCAGCAUUUAGAGCAUUUGAUCUCAGCAAAAAAUGGUUUGAAGGAAAUCUAUAAAUGCUCCAGCCGUCCUUGUCAGAACGGUGGGACGUGUGUUGACAUGGUGAAUUCUUAUCGGUGUCUGUGUUCUGUCGGGUACUACGGGACAAACUGCCAAGAAAUCAGUGAAUGUUCCAGUCGUCCUUGUCAGAAUGGUGGGACGUGUGUUGACAUGGUGAAUUCUUAUGGGUGUUUAUGUUCUGCUGGGUACUAUGGGACUAACUGCCAAGUCUUUGUGAACGGUUCCACAUACCGUCUUGUCGGUCUAAGUUUCAAUGGCGGACACGCUGGAAGAGUCGAAGUGUAUCAUAAUGGAAGUUGGGGAACAGUUUGCGAUGACAACUGGGGUAACAAUGAUGCCAAAGUUUUCUGCAAGUCCUUAAGUCUUCCCUAUUUCAGAGCACUUAGCCUACAAAGUGCGUAUUUUGGACAAGGUAAAGGAUACAUAUGGUUGGACGAUGUCCACUGCACAGGAUCAGAACCCAACAUUGGAUCCUGUAAUCACAGCGAUUGGGGAACCCAUAACUGUGGUCACCACGAAGACGCUGGCGUUUUUUGUCUUUGAAAACACAAAAUGCAUUAUUCAAAGAUAAUUAUCCGUUAGCUCAGUAAGUCAUGAUUAGUCCAGGUUAGGGUUAGCCUGAACUACAAAGUGAUGGGGAAACGUUGAGCUUGAAAAAAUAUAUUUAAUGUUUAUAUUCAAUACUUACAUAUAAGUUAAUCUUUAAGUUAGUUUGUACAAUUUAGUUUUGCACACUUUAAAAAAAUAGGGUAGUAAAUUAUGUAGAGCUUUUUUAAAAACCUUGAAGUGUGUAUAACAAAUUUAGAAUGCGCCAUAAAAUUAGUAAUAAUGAUUAUAGUAAUGAUGAUAUUUUAUACUAUCAUUAUUAUUAAAUCAAAGGAAGGUACAAUAAAAAAUGGUUACUUUUAAUGCAUUUCUUACAAAUAUCUUUCACUUAACUAUAUAUUAGACAGAGACAAGAAUGGACAAGUAAGAAUUAUAGGAAUACCUGUAUCACAUAAACUGCGUUCGUCACUGUUAGUGUGGAAUUGCACUGUCACUAGUUU